UUGAUAACACACAAGGAAGCCUGCAAUGACAUACGGUGUGUGUAAUGGUGAAGCAAUACCACCACGAUAAUGAGGUAGAUCUUAUCCUAGACGACAUCAGAGACACUCUAGCUCCUGGUUCUAACCCUGAUUGUACCUUCAUCACCCGGAGACAUGAUAAGAGACUGCAAGAGAGACUUAUAGAUUUAUCUGACAGAGAGGAUCCGAAGGCAUGGUCUACCCUUGUUUACACUAGAGACUUAGAGCAGACCGCAGUAGGAUGGCAGGACAUCAUUCCUUACCCCAAAUAUGUCGACAAACGACCGGUGGAAAAGGGACCAACAAAACGAAUGCGACAUACAAAUCCAGUAGACAACUCCACCAUUGUAAGGCAUCUUCAGGAACGAAUAAGGAAGUGGGCCGACAGAAAGCCGGGUAUUUACACCAAGAAAUCAUCAUACUCCACGGCUUCGGCCCAGAAACCUGGCUUUGUACCUGCUACCUGUCCUGCACAAUUAUCUAAAGUCGCGAAUAUUAUUCCUUACUCUCUCUGUCAGCUGAUAAGUUCGGUGGAUCUACCACUCAACCCUGAAAACGACCAGAAACAAUCAGUUAAGAAGAGCAACUCUAACGAGGGGUUGAGUCCUAAUGAUAGUCCUGAUAAAUUCCCCGUCUCGUGGAAUAUUCUCAGUCAGAAUGACGCGACCCACCUGAACCUCCAGACAUACGGAAUGGACCCCAACGUAACGUACGUGCCAGCAAGGCGAUUAAACUCUCAUAUCAACAGCUAUACUGAAAGGAAGAAGACCGAGCAGCAAGAGAGAACUGUAGCUAAACAGCAGCAACUGUACGGACGACCAGGAGGAGUCCUACAACCCGCUCGUGCACCCAGAUACAAGAGUAGGAAACCAGGAGUAAGACUAAGAAGGUACCCUGACUCCACCGAAGAUAUGACAGAAGAAGGAGCCGACGAGGAGUCUACUCAGGGCACCAAGUUUAAGUGCUCUAUCUGUAUUGAGGGUCUCCAAGUAGCUGGAACAUUAACUGUUCAAAAUCCGAGGGGUCUGCCCGGAAACUGCAGACACAGUACUGUAGUAGGUUGGCAAAGUCUGCAGAGAAACUGCAGAACCAGCACUUCAGUAUGCUGCCAGAGAUUUGUCGCACCGUUUCCCCCGUACUGUUCGAGCCGGCACCGCCCUCUCGAUCAAAAACACUACAUCUCUCUCUAGUAAUCCUACACCAGUCUCUGAAAAAAUUGGCCACCAAACAUUGAGUAUCAUACGAGUGACGCCGAAUCUGCGCUAGUGCACUCAAAGAUACAAGGCAAGAACCUGGGGGGAGGUCCGCUUACCUCUGACAGUCUGGUAAACUACAAGAUAGACAAAGCUCCGGUAGAUCUUGGAUCUACAACUUCUCUGGCCCUGGUAUCGGGGGAGGGUAGGGCUAAGAGGAAUUCACCGGGUCAGUUGUACACUGGGACAGCCCUUAGGACUGAAUCUGUUGCAAACCAGGACCAUUUCCUGAGCAAGGGGCGGUUGUUGGAUCUGAAACAGUUGGUUAUCAAGGAAAGGAUAAACCCUAGUGCGAUGAGAUCGGUACGUGCGAAUCGUAAGAAACAGGAUCAAGGAGGUUCCCCACACAAUGGACGGGGAACGGAGAAAAGACCACUGAGAAAAUCAGACAAGUGUUUUCGUUCGGAGGGAGGAGCUCAGUCUUUGUACGAUCGGUUUCAAGCUUCCAAAUCGGGGAAAAAGAAACGAAAAAUGUACGGAGUAAGCAUUUGUGACGUCUACGAGAGUAAACCAGAGCCAGAUAUGUUUAGCUACGGGCUUUUUCUUUCAACGCCAAUAGCCACUCCACCGAGCAAGCAAAAACUUGACCCUCUGAUGAAUAUCAAACCUGUUAACUUCAUUAAUAACCUUAGUGUGUAGUCACUGAAGUGGUUACACUUGGAAAAUCAAACUUACAAUGGAUGAAAUCAAAUAUUUAUCGGUAAGAAGAACUAGCAAUCUUGAAUAAUAACUUCGGUGUUUUACAGUAUGGUCUACUCACUACUGUUUAUACUACGAUGUUGCCUUUUGAGUACUGUACUUAGCUUUUAUAAACAUAAUUUGGGUGCUUGUUAAUAAUAAAUUUGCUAUAGAACACAACUAGCUAAGCUAAAGGCCACAAUCAUAUAGAUUUGUAUGUUCUUCACUUCAUAUUUUGAUUAGUGACUCAGUAUCCUAGGAGCAGAUUUCUUUAUUUUAGUAUUUAAGUUUAUUUAUGCAAAUUAGACUA